ACUUGGUGUCUGGCGCUCCAUCACCUCAGCUCACCGCGCCCAGAGUGGUUAAACUCUCGCUACGGGCGACUUCUGCUUCCUGGCCUAAAUCUGACACGUACUAUUCCCCGGUGGCAACGACCCAGGGUCGGUGACAGCAGAGAACCCGGGCGAUGCCCUCAGCGGACGGGUGGACAAGAGGCUCCGUCAGGGUUUCUUGGAGCCUCGGCAGAGUCCCUGGACCAGGCCCCAUAGUGAAAGCUGCAGGACCUUCCCUCCGGCCCCAGAGGCUCUGGCUGAGUCCACUGGUGCCCUCUGGCUUCAAGCUCCCAGGAAGAGCAGAGUUGUCGGCAAGAGAGUCCAAGGGCUAAGGCCCAGUGGCAACAUGCCAGCCAACCAGAGCUCUCCUCAGUGGUCCCCAACCCUGGCUGCAGAGGAACAGGGCGGGUUGUGUGAGGUCUCAGUGUCAUUCGAGGAUGUGACGGUAAACUUCAGUAGGGAGGAGUGGCAGCACUUGGAACCUGCUCAGAGACGCCUGUACCGGGAUGUGACACUGGAGAACUACAGCCACCUGCUUUCCGUGGGGUACCAAGUUCCCAAACCAGAGGUCAUCUUCAAGUUGGAGCAAGGAGAUGGGCCAUGGAUGUUGGAGAGGGAAACCCCACAUCAGAGCUGUUCAGAUGAGGAUAUUUUGCAAACAGAACAACAGAGAAUUUCUGAAGAAGUUUCAUUCCAGUGUGAGAAAUUUAGUCAAGCCAUAGAAGAUUCAUUGUGUUCCAUUUUAGAAGAAUUAUGGCAAGAUAAUUACCAACUAGAGAGAUAUCAAGAAAACCAAAAUAACCCUUUAAGUCAUGUGAAAGUAUUCAUUAAGGAGAGAGGCUAUGGGUGUAAAAACAUUGAAAAAAUAAUUCAUGUGAGUACCAAGCUUGUUCCUUCAAUAAAAAGACUCCAUAACUGUGAAACAUUUGGAAAGAGUUUGAAGCACACUUUGAACUUACAUAAUCAUAAUAAAAGCAAUGCAACAACAAACUUUGAUAAGAUUUUUGAAAAUGGCAACAUUUCCCAUAACUCUUCCUCUACUAAGAAUAAGAAUGCUAAUACAGGAGCAAGUGCUUGUGAACAUAAUCAAAGUGAAAAACAUGUUGGCCACAAACAAGUUCUCAUCCACCAUCAGAAAAUUCAUACUGGGGGAAAACUUUAUGUAUGUACUGAAUAUGUAAAGAACUUCACCCAGAAGUCACAUCUCUUUGAGCAUCAGAAAAUUCGUAUUGGAGAAAAAUCCCAUGAAUGCAACAAGCAUGAGAAAGUCGUCACUCAGAACCCACAAAUUGAUGCAGCUCAGAGUGUUUAUACAAGAGAGAAACCCUAUAUAUGUACUCAAUGUGGAAAGGCCUUUACUUUCAAGUCAAAGCUCAUUACACAUCAGAAGAUUCAUACUGGGCAGAAACCCUAUAAAUGCAGUGAAUGUGGAAAAGCUUUUUUGCACAGGUCAGAUCUCUUUAGACACAUGAGAAUUCAUACAGGAGAAAAACCUUAUGAAUGCAGUGAAUGUGGAAGAGGCUUCUCCCAGAAUUCAGACCUCAAUGUACAUCAGAGAACUCAUACUGGAGAGAAACUCUAUGCGUGCAUUGAAUGCGGGAAAGCCUUCACAAGAAAAUCAACACUCAGGAUGCAUCAGAGAAUUCACACAGGAGAGAAACCCUAUGUAUGCACCGAAUGUGGGAAGGCCUUCAUCCAGAAAUCACAGUUCAUUGCACAUCAUAGAAUUCAUACUGGAGAGAAACCUUAUGAAUGCAGUGAAUGCGGGAAAUGCUUCACUAUGAAGUCACAACUGCGUGUGCAUCAGAAAAUUCACACAAGAGAGAAACCCAAUAUAUGUGCUGAAUGUGGAAAGGCCUUUACUGACAGGUCAAAUCUCAUAACACACCAGAAAAUCCAUACUAGAGAAAAACCGUAUAAAUGCAGUGACUGUGGAAAAACCUUCACCUGAAAGUCACGCCUCACUAUCCAUCAAAAAUCGCAUACUGGAGAGAGACACUAUGAAUGUAGUAAA